AGACGGCGAGACCCCAGACCCGGACCUGGGAGGCAAUAUUUUUUUCCGAGAAGAAGAAGACCCGUCCAACCCUUCUCUCCCCAUCCACCCCCCACCCAAGUCGAGUCGAUAUGCCUCCCAGACGCAAACCCCAACCGUCGGCGGUGAAACCCGGGCGCCGUUCCUCGAGGAUCACUCCCACCACGGCCAUGCCCGAUUCCGCCGAUCCAGUCCCGUCCCCGCCGCCGGAAGCCUCAUCCGCCGCCGCCACCAAGCCCGUCUCCGUCGAUCCGGACCCGCCCCAGGCCCCGGAGGCGGCCUCCCCCGCCGCCAAGCCCGUCUCCACCGAUCCAGCCCCGCUCCAGGCCCCGGAGGCGGCUUCCCCAGCCGCCGCCGCCGCCGCCGCCAAGCCUGUCUCCACCGAUCCGCUUCCUCCCCAGGCCCCGGAGGCCGCCACCCCCGCCGCUGCCGCCAGGCCCGAUCUGGACGGGCUGCCCUCGAGAUCCACCCCCGCCAGAAAGCUCAGGAAGCCCCUCACCGACAAGCUGCGCGCCGUCGCGGAGGAGCGCCUCGCGCGGCUCCCCGUCGACCUCCGCCUCUGCCCGGUGGACCCCCCGCCGAUCUUCGGCAACGAGGUCGCCCUCAGCUACCUCGGCGUCCUCGACUUCGCGCGGUUUGGCCUCGGAUCUGAGCCCCCGCGCCCCGACCUCGUCGCGCAGUUCAUCGCCUAUUACGACCCGACUAAUCAUCGCAGCUUCAUCUGGGACACCCGCGUCAGCUUCAACCGCACAGACUUAGCCACCGUCUUCAACCUCCCGAGAAAGUCCGCCCCGCCGCCUGCCCGGCCUCGAGGGCUCAAAACCAAUACCUUGGUCUCCGCCGCCCUGGACUUCAUGCGCGUCUGCAUCCAUCCCUUGUUCGCAGACUGCAAACUGCCGCAGGAGGUGGCCGCCGCGGAACAGGCGGUCAAGGCUGGGUCACCGCAUAAGGUCAACUGGGCAGGCCUCAUCUGGGGCUUGAUCGAGAAGGAGAUUAACGACCUGCCCAAGAAGGAUCAUGGGGUGUGCAAAUGCGGGGCGUAUCUUCAGCGGCUCAUUUCGCAUCAGAAGCCUCAUCUGUUUGGGUUGCCUCAGAAAGAGGAGGCAGAGAAGCUUGUUCGGAAGGCGUCUUUUGAUUUGGUCAAGGACGAGCGGGAUGGAGAUGCCGAUGCCAGGAACAAGGCCUUGCAGGAGUUGGAGCCUAGAGAUGCAGAUGCUGAUGCGAGCAGCAAGAGCCUGAAGGAAUCAGAGUUAGAGGGUACGAGUCUGACCAGCAAGAGCUUGGAUGAAUCGGGGCCUGCUGAUGCUGAUGCUAGUGGCAAUGACUUGAAGGAGUUGGAGUCUGGGGAUGCGAGGAGCAACAUCUUGGAGGAACCAGAUACAGAAGGUGUGGAUUUGAGGAACAACGACUUGAAGAAUUCAGAUUCUGGGGAUGCGGGGAGCAAGAGCAUGGAUGACUUGGGGGAUGUGGAUGCUAAUGCAGUGAGCAAGUCACUGGAUACAUCAAUGGUGUUGGAUGGGGAUGCAAAGGGCAUGAGCUUGGAUGUCGAGAUGGAGUCAGGGGAUGCGGAUGCUAAUGCAGGGAGCAAGUCACCGGAUACAUCGAAGGUGAUGGAUGAGGAUGCAAAGGGAUUCGAUAUCGAGAUGGAGUCAGGGGAUGCGGAUGCUGAUGCAGGGAGCAAGUCACCGGAUACAUCGAAGGUGAUUGAUGAGGAUGCAAAGGGAUUGGAUGUCGAGAUGGAGUCAGGGGAUGCGGAUGUUAAUGCAGGGAGCAAGUCACCAGAUACAUUGAAGGUGAUGGAUGAGGAUGCAAAGGGCUUGGAUGUCGAAUUGGAGUUGCGGGAUAUAGAUCCUAAUGCAAGCAACAAUUCACCGGAUACAUUGAAGGUGGUGAAUGAGGAUGCAAAGGUCAUGAGCUUGGAUGUCGAAUUGGAGUCAGGGGAUGCAGAUGCUAAUGCAAUGAACAAGUCACCUGAUACAUCAAAGGUGGUGGGUGAGGAUGCGAAGGGGGAUGUGGAUGCUAAUGCAAGCAGCAAUAGACUGGAGCCACCAAAUGUGGCGGAUGAGGACGAUGAAUUGCAGUUGGGGAAUGUGGAGAGAUUGGAGACAUCAAAGGUGGCGGAUGCGGAUGUAAGGGGCCUGGAUCAUUCAAAGGCAGGGGAUGAAUUGGCGCUGGGGGACGCAGUAGCUCCUACACAUGAAAUGAGUAUGGAUGCUAAUGCAAGCAGCAAUAGACUGGAGCCACCAAAUGUGUCGAAUGAGGACGACGAAUUGCAGUUGGGGAUUGUGGUGAGAUUGGAGACAUCGAAGGUAGCGGAUGAGGAUGUGAAGUGCAUGAGCCUGGAUCAAUCAAAGGCAGCGGAUGAAUUGGCGCUAGUGGAAGCAGUAGCUCCUACACAUGAAAUGAGUACUGUGAAUGGUGAGGUUUUCGCAGAGUUUGCAUGGGAGAGAGAUGGAGACACGUUUGUGGGUGCAGCAGAGAAGGAUGCAUGUCUAUCACCGGGGUUGGAACUGUUGACACAAGAGAGAGUGCUAACAGUGCCAGAGGAGGAUGAGGAGGCAGAAGAGGAAGAAGAGAAGGAUGAGGAGGCAGAAGAGGAAGAAGAGAAGGAUGAGGAGGCAGAAGAGGAAGAAGAGAAGGAUGAGGCAGGAUGGAGCUCUGCCAAUGAUGGUGAUGACAGUAUGGAUGUCGAAGAUAAUGUAUCUGUCCAAAAUCUGGAUAGUGAUAAUGAGGAGGGGUGUAGCGGUGGAGUGGAGAUGAACUGGGAUGUUGGGGAUGAUAAGGGGGGCGAGGGGACGGCACCUUGUUUACAGCAAUGUGACUUUCCAGGGGUGGAGUUUGAGAAUUUGAAUAAAGGGAAUGUUGGGAUGAGGGAUGGUGUGAGCUUUGAUGAUGGAUUCAAAAUGGGUUCCUUGCAUGGGAUGGAGUCAAACCUCCUCCAGGCCAUGAACUCUGAUACUGUGACAUACAAUGGGACGGAGAAUGCACAUCACCUGUCCUCUGGAAAUUUCUUGGCUAUUGGGGCUGAUGUACAUAAGAACGGAGUGGACCUGGGGGCUGGUGAUUCAUUUUUCUUUGGCAAUAAUGGGAAGAGGCAUGUUGAGGAUAUUGAUGAUGGGUAUGAUGACCAGAUGCAAACACAACAGCAGUUUCUGCAGGGCAAUCAACAUAAGCGGAUGCGGAACUCCAACAGCAGUGUACCACCUGGAUCAGCAUUCUUCAAUGCAAAUUAUUCAGAUCCCAUACAGAACUUAUUGGUCAAUGCCAGCAUGUUAUACGAACAGAAAGAAAGAGAGAUUCAAGAGGGGCUUUCACAGAAGCAAUUUAUGGCUAACUUGCUGCAGGAGAAGGACGCAAUUAUCGAUUCACUGAACUCAGCCAGGUUUGAGCAAGAGAAUAAGUGGCAAGCAAAGCUUAGGUCGUUUGAACAUGAUCUGAACGUGAUGGGCCAGAUGGUCAGUGGGUAUAAGAAGGCUUUGAAACAAAGUCGUGCUUCUUUCAGUGAGUACAGGAAGAAAUUUCCUUGUAACAAGUCCCGUUAUCAGGACGUUCCAAAUGGUGGCGGUCUUGUCCUUAGCGUCAAUGAGUUGGAGAGGAAACGGUGGGAGGAAGAGCAGCAGAAACGUGCUGCAGCAGCUGAGAUGAUUGAAAAUUUCAAGCUUGAAUGGCUUUCGAAGCCUGAUGACUGGGAAAAGCGCAUCUGCCAUCUGUGGAGCAAAACUCUGGCAUUGACUCGGGAGAUUGAUCUUCUCAAGGAAAAAAGAAAAGCCAAGCCUGCAGCCCUUGCUUGGGAAGAAUAAGUUCUCUGAUAGUUAGAGGUUCUGAUGUGAAGAUGGAGAGCUCUCUUGGAUAUGUGUAUUGGUUGUUUGAUGUUCAACAGCGACAGCGCAUUGGCAACUUUUGCUACUUCGUCGUGCAUCGUAGACUGUAGCGAAGACGACAUAAUUCCAGCUGUGUAACUCAAUGUUUCGUCAUCCAAGGGCGUCCCAGUGUCCAUUACUAGUGCUUGCUUUGUUUAGAUGCCUUUUUGGUUCAGUUCCAGCAUGGAGUAAUACAGUAUAAUAUACUGGGGCGGUGGCAGGUUAAUCUUAUAUGUGUAGAACAGUUCACAUCGUCUCUUUACUUUUGCAUCCGUCUUUGUGUGGUGGGUAGUCGAUUUGUACCUUAUUAUGCGUAUUGGAAGCUAACGGAGUAUGAUUAGGCAUUCGGUUGUUAUUAUUCACCUGUUGGUCUGUGGAAGUUUUAGCUAGAAGUAAUGGAAUGUUUGCUGUUCUCCUUC